AUGGAGUACCAAAAACCCCGUCUCCCACCAAAGGCCCCUAGAAGCACCACCUUGAAACCUUCAAAUGUGGCCAGCACUUAUCACGACCUGGACUUUUACGUGCAUCCUAAUUUGGUGCCAGACCAGGACCCUUGCAAGGGCAGACUGCUCAAAGCCACCGGUCCCAUUCGAGAAGGCACCAUUCUUCUGGUAGACACAGCCUAUGCUAUCGUCCCCUCCGUGACGUCCGAUACCGAUCCUCUCAUCUGCAGCAAUCUCUCGUGCUCUCGCCGUGUCCCGCAAAAUGGCCGUGCCAUACGCUGUGAACACGCCUGUUUCAAAGACGUCGUCUGGUGCAAUAUCGCCUGCCGAGCCACGGACAAGGUCCGACAUGACUUCGAGUGUGCUUGGUUGAAGAAGCACGCCGACAGCAUGCUCCGCAAAGAAACAGAGUACAAUUUCGCGACGCUCUGGCACGUUGUUCGUCUGGUCGCCACGUGGAACGGAGAGUUGUACAGCGGCAAUGCCGUCGCACAGCAUCGCUACCCGUGGGAAGCUCACUUUUUGCGUGGCUGGAAGGCCGUCGAUAUGUGCUGUGCGUACCUUGACUCGUGGCCCGAAGAGCAGAUAAUCCAUUGGAAGCGACUGGUCAAUGAGUAUCUGAGUGAUGCAUCUGUUCUGCCGUGCAUGUUGACUGCCGACGAAAUGCUUUUGCUGCUGUGCAAGGAAGAGACCAACACUUUUGGCCUGUACCCGAGAGCGACUGGCUCUCAAUCAGUGAACGACCGUUCUACUUCUCGAGGUGAAUCGUACGGGUUUGCUCUGUAUCCCCGAGCUGCCCAAUUUAACCAUUCAUGCUUACCCAACGUAUCACAUAAACCAGAUGGCCAAGCACGAAUGGUCUACACCGCCGCUCGUGAUAUCGCCAAGGGCGAAGAGUGCAUGAUUACCUACUUUGAUCUGGUGACACGUAAGGAUCUGUCAAGUAGACAGAAAUAUGCCCAGACACAAUUUCAAUUCAAGUGCACAUGCAGCAGAUGUUCGGAAGAGGAAGCUGAAGAGAAUAUGGACAUCAUGGACUCAUUACCAUUCGGGUUCUAA